AUGGCGAGAAUCACUUCCAUCCUCUUCUUCAAGCUCAAACAUCAAACUCUCUUCUCCUCCACCUCCUUAUUCCGCCACCACCUCCCACCGUUAACCGUCCCCAUUCCACCCACACCCCCAAACGAAUCCUUCUUUUUCCGACUCUUCAACAGCACCACCACUACUUCCUCUCAACAAACAACCACCCCAAAGCGCAACACCAAGGUAAACUUCUCACUCUCCGACUCCGAAUCCGACGAUGAUUCCCAAUCGCCACCAACGCCAGCCGUGAAAGAGAUCGACAAGAGGAAGCUACCGCCACCGUACGACCCAUUUAAGAAAACCCCAGUAAUCCAAGAACCCGAUGACCCCACAAAUCUCCAGGAAGUGUUUCACAAAAUACGCACAGACGGGCUCAACGAUAGUGCAGUCAAGAUGUUCGACGGAUUGUCUAAUGACGGACUCACCCACGAAGCGCUUGAAUUGUUUUCCCAGAUCAAAGAUAAAGGCCAGAUGCCGGACGUAGUGGCGCACACGGCUGUUAUCGAAGCGUACGCCGCCGCUGGUAAAGCUAAAGAAGCCCUGAAGGUAUAUACGCGCAUGCUUGCUUCCGGCGUCCUGCCCAACGCCUACACUUACACGGUGUUGAUCAAGGCGCUGGCGGGGUCCGGCGACCAGAAACUGUUGGGGGAAGCGAAGAAGUAUUUUGUGGAGAUGAUGGGGAAGGGGAUUAGACCGAAUCCGGCGACAUGUGUGGCGGUUAUGGAGGGGUUUGUGAAGGGAGGAAAGGAAGAAGAAGGUAGAGAAAUGGUGGUGAAGAUGAAGGCUCUUGGAAUGGCUCCUGAUGAAAAGGGUGUGAGGGAGAUUUUGAAGAACAAAAGAGGUCAGGUUUUUCGAUCAGUUAUCAACAUUUUAUUUGAAAAGCUGAAAUGA